AUGGCGGAGCCGACGGACUCGAGCGCCCCGCCUGGCGAAUCCACCAAUCCUGCGACCGAACCGAAUGCGCCAGCUGCUGAGGCAGACCAACCUUUAGCCAAGAAUGAGCCGCUCCCAGUGGAAACGAAUCACCCCCCAGUGGAAACAAACCAAGUACCGGCCGCGCCAGCACAAUCAAACGAACCACAGCCAGCAGAACCAGCAGAACCACCACAGCCACAACAACCAGCACCAUCAGAACCGCCAGUGGAAUUAGCGGCGCCAGGGGUGCUAGCAAUACCUGAAAUGCCAGCAACACCAGAAGUGCUAGCAACGCCAGAAGUGCCAGCAGAGCCAAAUCCGUCCGCAGGUCCACCACAGAAUGCCAGCCCGUAUCAGCCAGAAGAAGCCACGCAGCCAACACAAGGCCCGGACGUAACUUUACCGUCUGUUGAAUCAUCACUUCCAGCGAUUGAUCCAUCACUUCCAGCCAUUGAUACGUCAAACGGCUUUGAUGAUUCAGAAUUGCACUCCUUUGACGCGUUACCUUCAAUAGGUUCAUCUGCAGCCCCCGACAUGUCACUUCCUGCGAUUGAUACAACUCUCCCCUCGCUCGAUCAUUCUUUACCAGCGAUUGGAACCGAUGAUAUCCCAACCAUGGAUGGCCAUGAUUUUGGUGACGAUAGCCAUUUGGGCCAUCACGAUUCGAAUGCCGGUAUGACAGAUUCUACGGGGCAUGACAAUGGGGGUGUGAACGGCGCAUCGCACUAUCACUCGACCAACGGUUCAUACCAAUAUUCGCAUAGCCCUGCUCAAUCGCAACAACCAGGAAGCCAGCAGUCACCGCAGACGCAUACCCACCAGUUUCAGGCGCAACCGCAACAUUAUCAGCAAACCGACAUGUAUCACAAUUCAUCCCAAGGACAGGUACCACAGGCACCGAUCGGAUCUCCGCUUCCAAACAAUAUGCCCUCGAUGGCUUCUAUGGGACAAUACAUGGCUGGGUAUCCCUCCAAUAUGGGAAAUGCGCAAAUGCGAUAUCAACUCCCGGGGGACCCAAACAAGAUGUUAUCAGGCAAUAGACACAAGAAAGAAGUCAAGCGACGCACAAAAACCGGUUGUUUAACUUGUCGCAAACGAAGAAUCAAGUGUGACGAAGCACAUCCGGUCUGCAGAAACUGUGUGAAAAGCAAACGUGAAUGCUUGGGCUACGAUCCUGUGUUUCGGACUCAAGCUUCUACACCAUCAGCUAUCCAACCAGCUCCUAACCCUCCUCCUUCGUUGAUUGUCAAUCCACAAGGCCCUUCUACCUCAUCGGCCCCUUCUUAUCCUUCUUAUCCUUCUGCGCCCCCCGGGUACAUGCCCGCGUCGUCUCAACCAUUCGCACCUUCUCUCCACUCCGAAUCGCCCACUGCCUCUGUUGAACAACACGAGCACAGAGCUUCCAUUGAUUCUUCUCUGGCAACGAACAAUCAAUCCAGUCAUACCGAAAUGCAGAACACGGGGUUACCACGUCAACAGGGCUCGGAGCCUGCAUACAAAGCCAAAAAUCUCUAUGUCAACGACCUCUUCUCUUUGAGGGGAAUUGCUCCUCCUCCUCCCAACCCCGUCGCGACUCUUCCACCCGGCCGCCUUGAAGAGAUCCAGGCAGUCUUCCUGGCCACGUAUGCGCCUGCGAUCGAUAAGCUGCUCGAGGUUCGCUGGUAUUCGGAGAGUGCUCUCUCACUACUCAUGGCCGAUGCCCAGCUUAUGGCAGAUUAUUCAGCUUUGAUCAUUGCUUUCAAUGAAUGGGACCUCCAAGACGGCGAGACUCUUGCUCGUCUAGAGAGUUUCGAGGCCUCGAUCAUCUGGAAAAGCAUGUCAUUAUGUCGCCAGGUGCCAGAUGGAGAAACUGGACAACAGGGGCGAGACUGGAAUCUCUGUGUGUCUUGCGCACGGUUAAACGUGAUCGAGGCAUUGCUUACUUGGAACCAUCUGGACUCAAACCCCUUGUCACGAGAGCUAGUCAUGGAUGCCGCCAAUCCCCCGAACACUCCAGAUCAGUUCCAGAGCCGUCAAUUAGAUUUCUGGGACCAGGUCGGAGAAUUCCUCACACUUUAUGACAACGAAGCAAGCUCCGCCAAGCAGAUCGAUGAUACCCUCAGCCGGUGUCGACAAUUGCUGGAUACAUACGAGAACCGUGACAUCAUAUACUCCAUCUCUGUUGCACGCCAUCUAGGGCAGCGCUGGGCUGACUUCCCCAACAGCCUGCCCAAGGUGGGCUACACCACUGAGAAAGAAGCUGGAACCAGGCUCUUUGUCGCACAGAAGUUCCUCGAAGAAGAAGCUGAGGGCAAGGGCACAACGCAAGUCUACAAGCGGGUUUGCUGCAUGGCAGUACGCUCUUGGUGGGUUGCUCGCGGGUAA